CAACCCUGAACACAACAUCAACAGAAGUCAACAUCAGAGCUCAAGACGGCGCGGGCGCUGAACACAUCAACGGGCUCUACAACUUGUUCGGGGGUUACUUGGCUCGAUCAAAAAUACAAUUGGAAAGCUCUUUCAGUAGCAACACCCGUUAUUCAUCACACACGGCAUACGAGCAUCAUCAGACAUUCACCGAUUAGGCAUCCAUCUCUUUUAUCCCGGCUUGCUCACUCACCGAAACCACCCCGGCGACAACACCUCACCUGUACACCACUUUCACAUAACAUAACAUCCUUCACCAUGAGCGAAGACCCAAACAUCACUUUCCUCCCCGAAGACAGGGACGACGCCACAGACUGGCUCAACUCCCUCCUCAACAAAAACCUUCGAGUCUCCGUGACUGACGGCCGCAUGUUCUGGGGCCAGUUCAAGUGUGUUGAUGCAGAAAGCAACAUAAUCCUCCACUCAGCCUACGAAUACCGCUUCCCCACCUCUUCCCAAGUGGCCGCCGCCGUUACUUCCUCUUCUUCUGUUACCCCCACCCCCACCGGCACGACAAUCACCUCCUCCUCUGCACUCUCUGCACCUUCAGACUCAGAUCCUUCUCUCUCAGCAACUCCCCAAGAGGCCUACGAGAGCGCCACCAGCUCCUCCUCCUCCUCCUCAGCAGGAAAAGUAAAAGUCGACCUCACCUCGCGCCAUUUAGGGUUGGUCGUCAUCCCAGGCCAGUACAUCACCAAGAUCGAGCUGGAGGAGUUUGCAAGUCAGGUUCGGGCGCGGAAUCGGGGGUUUGGACAGGGGUUUCAUCCGGGAUGGAGAGAUGGGGGAAUUUCCUAGGCGGAUAGUUCCAGAGUAAGUCGGGGGAGGGAUGGGAAUGGGGAGGUGGUGGAGGUUUCGGGGAGUGAGGGUGACGAGGGUUAUGAUGGGGACGUGAGUGAGGGUGGAUAUUCAUCGGCUUCAUUCACAUCCAGCAAUGAUCCUUUACGAUAUCAAGAUUAACACAACUCGGAUACCUCGAAAGAGGGCCGCUCCAGCUCAGACAAACACAAAAACAAAGACAAAGGCAAAGACAAAACGAACAAUGAUGAUGAUGAGGAGAAGGACGAGUGGAUCACUACCUCUACCUCCACCUCUACCUCCACCUCCACCUCUCCUACCCCCAACAUAACCCCCCAACCGACCCCGACCCCGGCCCCUCCGACUUCAACCCAGCCUACGCCCAAAACCCAAUACCCACCAACCUACAACAAAUCUGAGGCAAGAUGAAGAAAGAAAAUUACCAGAAAUACCAAUAUAAAGAAGUGACGGUGCUACAACAAUUGUCGCCUGAAGAAAGGAUAGAGCAGGAGGAGUGGGUAAGCAAGCAAAGAGAGGAGUGGGACAAGAAAAGGAG